AACUUGAACUGCCGCGGCGCCUCCCUUCCAUUUCGACCAGGGAUUACAUUGUUGUUUUUUCCAAACGGGCCUUUCAUCCGCGCGUGUGAAGCCACUAGACUCACAAACGGCUGUCUCUCGAGGCGCGGCAAUCUUACGGUUUCAAUUUGGUUGUGUGCUGUUACAUAAACUUUGCUCCACCUUUCCCGGCCUGUACGCGCAAACAUAGGGAUAUAACAUGCCAGCGUAUCACUCAUCGUUCAACGAUGGUGGAUUCCGUGCCAUCGGUAACAUGGCGCUUCUGCCCAUUAAAACAAAGAUUCGAGGCCCAGCACCACCAGCAGCCGACCCGCAACAGGACGAUAUCAUUGAUGAGGCGAUCGCACUUUUCCGCGCCAAUUGCUUCUUUAGAAACUUUGAAAUAAAAGGCACUGCCGAUCGUGUCCUUAUUUACCUGCUCCUGUUCAUUCAAGAAUCGCUGGGAAAGCUGUCCAAGAACCCCUCGCAAUUGGAAGGACAAAGAACUCUGCAAACACAUGCACUUCAAAACUUUGCUAUACCUGGCGAGGCGGGCUUUCCUUUGAAUGCAAUGUACGAAAAACCUGCAAACCGAAAUGAUGCUGACACGCUAAGACAAUAUUUGAGCCAACUGCGCCAAGAGUGCGCGACCCGCCUGGUGGUAAAGGUAUAUGAUGGGGAUCGGCCAAGCAAAUGGUGGAUGUGUUUCUCAAAGAGGAAGUUUAUGGGCUUGCCUAACGUUGGUACCGCUGCUUGAAACCUUUGAGGUGACAUUUUAUAUUUUACGGCAUGAUAAGAGACUUGAUUCUAAAAGAGAAAGAUCACAUCCGGUAUCUGUUGCGCAAACAUUCUUUCCGUUAUAGACAGCAAAGUUUAUGACAUUGUUGAGGCUACUUUAUAAUCCAUAUAAUAGCAAUAUGCAAAGCUAUGGAGUAAUUUGCACUGCAGCCUUCUCAAUCAUAUCAUUGAGCUGGAUCUUUACGUCCGGCUAUC